CAAAAGACUAGUAAGCAUCGUCCAUACUAGCCCCGUUACUUCUCCCUUACAAGUCAUGAGUUCCACUGCGGAAUGGCGUCACAGCUGCUCGUUCGGGGCAUCUGCAGUCGCCGUCGGUCAGUCAGGUGGGCGGGGCCUGAUCUGCACCACGAUGGUGGAUGGUCUGUUGUUGUCCAAUCGUGGCGGUGUCUAUUGUUAUUUCCGUCGCGGGUUGCUUCGGCCAUCUUGUCCUUUCUUUUUCCUGAGUUUUAGUUGGAAGUUAACCUGCUAGCCCCCGG